UCGCAAAAUGUCCUGAAUGCUUUUAGAUCGCCCUAACCUAUAACUGACGAGUGGUCAAAGAGAGAGUUGCGUUUGUACUUCCUAUAUCUGUUUAAAGAAUAAAACGAUAAAAUGCCGGAGAGUACUAAGACAGAAACAAAACCGGUCAAGGAGGUGAAGAAUGGGAAGGAAGACGAUAAAAAUGAACUGUCAGAAGAGGAUAAACUUCUGCAAGAAGAGUUAACUCUGCUUGUGGAGCGCCUGCAGGAUGCCAAUACCAAAUUGCACUAUCCUGCUCUGGAAUCCUUGCGCACGCACAUUCGUGCGUCGACAACAUCAAUGACGAGUGUUCCGAAGCCACUGAAAUUCAUGCGGCCCCAUUACGAUACUAUGAAAAACAUCUACGAGAAAAUCACGAAUGUAAAAUGCAAGGAAUUGUGUUCCGACAUUAUUUCAGUUUUGGCAAUGACCAUGGGCGAGGGUCGUGAGUGCUUAAAGUACAGACUUACUGGUUCGGCAUUGGCGAUUGGUGAAUGGGGACACGAAUACGUGAGACAUUUGUCAGGAGAACUAGCAGGAGAAUGGGACGAGGUGACGGGCGACGACGUCGAAGCAACGAACAAAAAGCUGAUUGCCCUGGUGCACGAGAUUGUUCCUUACAACAUGGCGCAUAAUGCAGAGACAGAGGCGUGCGAUCUGCUGAUGGAAAUCGAGAGGCUCGACCUGCUGGAACAAUACGUCGACGAAAGCGCGUAUCAGCGAGUGUGCCUCUAUCUUACGAGCUGUGUACCCUACGUAGCCGACCCAGAGAACAGCACUCUUCUUCAUGUCGCUUGUAAAUUAUACCGAAAGUUCGGACAAUAUCCACAAGCGAUUAGGCUGGCAAUGCAGCUGAACGAUUUACCACUCAUCGAAUCCAUCUUUAUAAACUGCAGGGAUCUUUCUAUACAGAAGCAAUUGGCCUACAUGUUGGGCCGCCAGCAGAUUUUCCUGGAAGUACACGAGUCUGCAAUAGAGGACGAUGAUUUAUUCGAAAUAAUGUCCAACUCACACCUGAAUAAUCAUUUUCUGAAUUUGGCGCGUGAGUUGGAUAUAAUGGAACCGAAAACACCUGAGGAUGUCUACAAGUCCCAUUUGGAGAACUCGCGACCACCCUUUGGUGGAGGACAGGUCGACUCUGCACGGCAGAAUCUUGCAGCAAGUUUUGUGAACGGUUUCGUCAAUGCCGCGUUCGGCCACGACAAGUUGCUGAUCGAAGACGGUAACAAAUGGCUGUACAAGAAUAAGGAACACGGCAUGCUGAGCGCAACUGCGUCCUUGGGCUUGAUUCUGCUGUGGGACGUCGAUGGUGGCCUUACGCCAAUAGAUAAAUAUUUGUACUCCUCGGAGGAUUACAUCAAGUCUGGUGCUCUACUAGCCUGCGGUAUUGUUAACUGCGGCGUGAGAAAUGAAUGCGAUCCCGCUUUGGCUUUAUUGUCCGACUACGUGUUGCACAGCAGCAACACGAUGCGCAUCGGCGCCAUAGUCGGCCUCGGAAUCGCAUACGCUGGCUCCAACAGAGACGCAGUGCUGAGUUUAUUGACCCCGGUGUUGAGUGACACUAAAUCGAGCUGGGAAGUACUGGGUAUGACCGGUCUUGCAUUAGGAAUGGUCGCUGCUGGCUCCUGCAAUGCCUACGUCACUACGGCGAUCAUGCACACGCUGAUGGACAAGUCCGAGUCCGAUCUCAAGGAUACGUACGCGCGAUUCCUCGCGCUCGGCCUGGGACUGUGUUUCCUGGGCAAGCAGGAGGCCGCGGAAGCGAUCAUAGCGGCCCUGGAGAUCGUCCACGAACCAUUCAGGUCAAUGUCGACGACAUUGGUGGAAGUGUGCGCCUACGCUGGCACAGGCAACGUCCUCAAGAUACAGCAUUUGCUACACAUCUGCUCGGAACAUUACGAGCCGAGCAACGAGAAGGAGGAGAAGAGCGAGCGCAAGGAUAAGGACAAGAAGGAAGAGAAGAAGGAGGAGAAGGAAAAGGAUCUGAGUUCCAGGCAAGCCAUUGCCGUUCUCGGCAUCGCCUUGAUCGCCAUGGGGGAGGAGAUCGGCGCCGAAAUGGCUUACAGGACCUUCGGCCAUCUGUUGCGCUACUGUGAGCCGGUGAUCCGCCGAUCGGUGCCCCUCGCUUUGGGCCUCAUCUCGGUGUCGAAUCCGAAACUGAACAUCCUGGACACGCUUUCGAAAUUCUCGCACGACAGCGACCCUGAAGUGGCUCACAACGCGAUAUUCGCCAUGGGCCUGGUCGGCGCCGGCACGAACAAUGCGCGACUGGCUGCCAUGUUGAGACAGUUAGCUCAAUUCCACGCGAAGGAUCCCAACAAUCUCUUCAUGGUACGCAUCGCGCAAGGCUUGACGCAUCUGGGUAAAGGCACGCUCACCUUGUCGCCUUACCACAGCGACAGGCAGCUGUUGAGUCCGGUUGCUCUCGCCGGUCUCUUGUCGACGUUAAUCGGUUUCUUGGACGUGAAGAACAUCAUCCUUGGGCGCUCGCACUAUCUCUUGUACACGUUAGCUGCCGCGAUGCAGCCGAGGAUGUUGGUGACGUUUGACGAAGAUCUGAAUCCACUGGCCGUGCCGGUGAGAGUCGGUCUCGCCGUUGACGUCGUUGGUCAAGCGGGCAAACCGAAGACUAUCACAGGCUUUCAAACGCACACCACUCCGGUGUUGCUAGCGUACGGUGAGAGAGCAGAACUUGCUACCGAGGAGUACGUACCACUAACGCCGAUUAUGGAGGGUUUCGUGAUUUUAAGAAAAAACCCAGACUUCACACCCUAGUCGCAAUACUCUUCUCUAUCGCCAAUGUACCUCGUAUUUCGAACUACUUAUAUAAAGCAGAAUGUAAUAAAGGCUUAUGUACUGUUCAUUUUGCGAAAGAUGUGACAUCCUCGACAUACAUCUCCCUUUGUCAGGAUCAAGAUACGUGCUAAUGCGCUUCUCGUCGCGCCACGCGGGAAGGAGAUUAAAGCAACAAUAAAAUUUCUUAUUUAAUAAUAAAAUACUGUGGUUUUAAUAGUAAAAAAUACUGAUACAAUGUAUAAAAUCUCGCUCGGCAUGAAUUUUGUACGCAGUAUACUUCGUGAAAAGAUCAAUACAAAAAAAUGGUAUAUUACAUUAAAAUCUUAUAACGAUAAUAAUAUGUUGGCAGAAGUUAGCUUCUUUUGUAAGUACCAGUCAAAACGAUAUACGGAUGUCUCACACAAUUAUCAUAUAAGUUACAUCCAAACGCUUUCUAUCCUUUACUAUCGUACUUUUCUUAACUGAGAAUCGUAGAUAUGAAAAGUCUUUCUUACAAUCAUGUAUUAAUCUGUUAAAAGUGCAUAUCGCGCGAAGUGCGUAUAAACAAAUGUAUCGUAUUAUGUCAAUAAAGUACCU